UCAAACGAUUCUGAUUGGCUCGUCGCUAAAUUAGAGUCUCGCCGUUAAAUCUAAUUUUAUUCAGUGCACUAGACCUAAUUGAAAAUAUCGGUCUAUGUUUAAGAAACGCCUAUCUAUAAAAAAUGGCAACAAUAUAAACAUAGAAUUCAACGAUCCAUCGGUUGUCAAUAUGGGGCACUGUUUGUCACUUGAACUCUGAAACGGGACAACAAUCAACACGUUGAGGGUUUUUUGUAAAAUGUUCGUUACAAGACCUUGUGAUAUUCUGAAAAAGUGUAAUGAAACUGGCAUUCGUAACUGGGUCAAACAAAGGCAUUGGAUAUAGCAUUGUUGAAAAGCUUGCAGAAUUUUAUGGGACGUCAGGAGAGUGGGAUAUUUAUCUAACAGCUCGAAAUGUUGAGCUUGGUCAGGAAGCUGUGGAGAAGCUCAGUAACAAGGGCCUGGAUGUUAAAUUUCAUCAACUAGAUAUAACUGAUCGAGAUAGUCGAAAAGCGUUCCUAACAUUUGUAGAGAGAAACUAUCCUAAUGGAAUCAACAUUGCAGUGAAUAAUGCUGGAUUUGCCUACAAAGUUAACUCCACUGCUCCCUUUGGCGAGCAAGCACGAGUUACGGUGAACACCAACUUCACAUCAACCAUUGAUUUCACGGAAGAGUUCAUUCCUUUGUUAGCUAAACAUGCUAGGGUUGUCAAUGUAUCUAGUUCUGUUUCUCUAACCAGUCUCAAGAAACUUAGUGAUGAUCUUUACGAAAAGUUCGUUAGUCCAAUAAAUCUUUUGGAACUUCGAAAGCUCGUCUCCGAGUUUGUAAAGUCCGCUGAGGAUGGCACUUAUUCUGAAAAAGGUUGGCCACAAAAUGCUUAUGGUGUGUCUAAGAUGGGCCUUACAAAGGCUUCAUUUAUUUUCGGUGAAAUGCUGAAAGAUGAUCCAAGAGGGAUUGUGAUAAAUUCGUGCUGUCCUGGUUAUUGCGAUACUGAUAUGACUAGUCACAAGGGAACCAAAACAGCUGAUGAGGGUGCUGAUACACCUUUUUACUUGGCCACUUUACCUAUUGAAUCAAAGGAACCAAUUAAUCAAUUCGUUUACGAAAGGAAGGUGGUCAGGUGGUCUAAAUGAUCUUCAGGCCAAUUUUACGUUUCUCAGGAAUGUAAACAGAAUGUUAUUGACUAGUUUUACUAUUUCGCAAUCUGAAUCACAAUAUUUUCUUGACGUGAUUCUUCUACUAAUAGUAAUUUUUCUUACCUAUUAUUGCGUUUUCCGUUGGUACCUUACGUGUUAUCAUAGGAUUUAUAAUUUUAUGAGUUUAUCUAAUUCGUUUCAGUAAGAUUCAUCCUCAUAUUAAGAGUUCAUUCCGGCCGAUGCAUAUAAUUUCAGUGUGUUUUUACGUGGUGUAUGUAAUUUCUUGACUGUAUGUGGUCGUUUGAACGUCUGUAUUGCCAUUUGAGCAGGAUUCGUACUACUUAACGGUAUUAAUACACAGACGAUGCAACCAUACAGAUCGGCUAAUAACCUAAUCUUUAUGAAACAGAUGUCCAACCGUGUUGUUCAUCGAUCACGUGAUAUUUUUGAGUUCUUGAUUUAGUGACUCGCUUUUAAGGUAUGUUAUCUUUAUUUAGAGUGCGUUUACUAUUGUAUAACGUGGACCAGGUAUGUGUCACGCAAACGUAGAAAUCUUACUACAAAGUGAUAAAAGCCGUAUGGGUCGUACGAUCAGUGGGUGAGCACGAGAAGUGCUUAUCUAAGAAAAUACAAGAUACAUUAUCUUCUGUUUGUAACUGCCAUCUUUUGUGUUAUAAAUAUAAAUUUUCACAACCAGACUAACAUCACGAAGGCACCAACUACUGGUUGGGUUGACACAAGCCAUUAUCCCCCCUAUGAGUUGAGUGAUGCUGUACCCCAUCGCCAAAUCUGGCAAGAGUACAGAUAUUUCAGUUACUUCCAACUAUUUCCCAUAAGGAGUAUUUUCAGAGAGAAUCCUCCUAUUGUUCAAGCAGUACUAAACUUUUGGAAGCUGAAAAUUGUGUGCUUUCUAUACGAGUACUAGUUUCCGAUAAAUACGUGCUAUGUGGAUGGCCACGGUCUCAGUUAUGCAAUUUUAUAUGCUUACUCAGAUUCGUUCUACUUAUACCAUUCACACAACUACCUCAGACCUGUUUGUAGAUCGAUCUCGUCGGGGGAGUUGAAAGAGUAAUAAAAUUUGUC